CCACAAAGUCAAACAUGGAAACAGCAUCUUGCUUUUUGGUCUUAAUUUGAGGUUAGGUUAAGGCAUAAGGCUAGCAGUGUGGUUAGGGUUAAGUUUACGUUUAAAAUACGACUUUAAGAAUAUACAUUGUAGAAAUAGGCGGGCUUUAGCCAUAAUGAUGACUUUGUGACUGUGGCAAUUAGUGAAGACCCUGCUGCUGCCCCACAAACACUGCAGCUGCAGUCUCGUCUCCUCCACCGUACUGUCUGUCGCACACAUAGCCAUGGCGGACAGUGCAAGCGAGAGCGACACGGACGGAGCAGGGAGUAGCUCGGCUACACCGAUGUCAUCAUCCGCCUCAAAUUUGACCAAGCCGGGGGUAGUCAUUUCACAGUUUCGAUUAGAGGAGUUAACUAACCGAUUAGCCUCACUACAACAGGAGAACAAAGUUCUUAAAAUUGAGCUGGAGACGUUCAAACUCAAGUGUAAGGCACUACAGGGGGAGAAUCGGGACCUGCGUAAAGCUAGCGUCACCAUUCAAGCCAGGGCUGAGCAAGAGGAGGAAUUCAUCAGCAACACUCUGUUCAAGAAGAUCCAGGCCCUGCAGAAAGAGAAGGAGACCCUCGCCGUUAACUAUGAGAAAGAGGAGGAAUUUCUCACGAAUGAACUGUCAAGAAAACUCAUGCAAUUACAACAUGAGAAGGCUGAGUUGGAACAGCACUUGGAACAGGAGCAGGAGUUCCAGGUCAACAAACUGAUGAAGAAGAUCAAGAAAAUGGAGAACGACACAAUAUCAAAGCAGCUCACCUUGGAGCAGCUAAGGCGCGAGAAGAUUGACCUCGAAAACACAUUAGAGCAAGAACAAGAAGCUCUUGUCAAUAGACUGUGGAAGCGCAUGGACAAAUUGGAGGCAGAGAAAAGAAUCCUCCAGGAGAAGUUGGACCAGCCUGUGUCUGCUCCUCCCUCUCCCAGGGAUGUUUCCAUGGAGAUCGACUCUCCGGAGAACAUGAUGCGGCAUAUCCGCUUCCUGAAGGAUGAGGUGGAGAGACUGAAGAAGAGCCUCCGUACCACCGAGCUGCAGCACACAGAGAAGCGGGCCCAGUACAUUGAGGAGGAGCGGCACAUGCGUGAGGAGAACAUCCGUCUGCAGAGGAAGCUGCAGAGAGAGAUGGAGCGCCGCGAGGCCCUGUGUAGACAGCUGUCUGAGAGCGAGUCCAGUCUGGAGAUGGAUGACGAGAGGUACUUCAAUGAGAUGUCAGCUCAAGGCUUGCGAGCACGGACGGUAUCCAGUCCCAUCCCAUACACUCCUUCCCCCAGCUCCAGCCGACCCAUAUCACCUGGUCUGUCAUACGGUAGUCACACAGUUGGGUUCACUCCCCCGGCCACUCUGUCCAGAGCCGCCAUCUCCCACUUCAACGCCCCAGCCCUGCACAUCCACGGAGGAUCCUCCCACGGCGUAGCGAGGCCCUCCCCGAGAAGAAGCACCAGCCCAGAUAAAUUCAAACGUCCCACACCGCCGCCCUCACCCAACACGCACUCAGGGGCGCAGCCUCUGCACCCGCUCCCCCCGCCAGCCCAGCCAAUGGUCCAGUCCAUGUCCUCUCCUGCAGCUAUGUCGCAGCAUGCAGCGCAUCCCCCCUCCCAGCCUUAACGUGCUAUGCCAUGCUACACUACUUCGACAACCAGGGAGUUGAAACCCCACAGAGCAAGUUUCUAUGAGCCGGCAGAAGACCUGAAGCAACAUGGGGCGUUCUAAGGAAUUUACUGACUUUAACUGCGCUUCUGGGAUUUGUAGGCUGAUAUCUGUUCACCUUGUCUUGUACAUGUUUGUUUUUUGCUUGGAACUGUUGACGAUUGGAAUUAUUGUGGCGCUAACAACCAACACGUAUGGUAACAAUGUCUUGUCAUGGUGUUUGUGGGCUGGAUGUGUUGGAUCCCUUCCAUGUCUGCAAUACCACAUUCCAACAGCAGUAAUGUGCACACCCCACCCCCUUGUUCAAAAACAACUUAAUCAAUUGCAUCCCAGUAAGAAUUGCUUAAGUCAGUAAGAUGUAUUGUAAAAGAAAUCUCAGCUUUAGGAGUAACCCAGAUAUAGGGCAUUGAUGAUGGGAGGGAGCUAGCGCAAAGAUAUGUUGACUUUUUGAUUCUGAAAGCCACUGCUUGCCACACUGCUCGUAAAAAACACACAAAAAAACAAAAGGAUGGACAGUGGUACAUAAACCACAGAUAAAUGUUGGCUUUUGAGGUAUUCAAAUGUAGUCUGAGGUGUUCCAAUAUAUAUAGUCAUGUACUCUUGCGUCUCUUUCUCUCUCUUCCACAGCUCUAUCUCUGGUGUGGUUAUAAAAGAUUUUGUCAUCCCUAUGGAUAUUCCUCAUCAGACAAAAAUGUAAUGCUCUUUACACUAAAUAUACUGAUAUAACAUUCUAAAUGAAUGGUACUGUUGAAUGACAUUUCUAUGUAUGAUUAAAAGAUCUUGAGAAGAUGACUCUAAUUUUAGUGUGUUGUACUUUGUUUUUACAAUAUGUGGCAACUCUGACUGUUGGUAAUGUUUUCAGUUCUACUGGAGGUUGUCAUGUGUGAACCAGUGAAAGACUGACAGUGUUUAUCCUUCAUUCUGCUCUCUUUUUUUAUUUGAAUACCAGCAUUGAAUACACACAUAACCGUGGCUUAUCUGAAGCAUGCACUGUUCUGUAAAAUCAUGUGUUCCAGUCACACUUGUUUUUGGCAUAAGCCUGAGCUGAACUUCACACAAGUUACGCAAGAUGAACUUUUGGCACUAAUAAAGUAAUUGACUGGAAAUUAUAUGUUCA